ACACUCGGAGCCAACAUGUCCCAGCCCAGCGCCCCCCCUCCCUAUGAUGACAAGAACCCCCUGUACCCGCCGCCGCCAGGGGGCUACCCCCAGCCCCCCCACUAUGGCGGGGGGUACCCGCAGCCAGGGGGGUACCCGCCGCCGGGGGGGUACCCGCCGCCGGGGGGGUACCCGGCACCAGGGGGGUACCCGGCACCAGGGGGGUACCCCCAGCCGGGGAUGGCCAUGCCCACCAUGCCCAUGCGCUUUGGUGACGGCUACGGCGGCGAGGGCGCAGGCGAGGGCACCCCCUUCCAGCCGGGAAACUGGGACGACAAGAAGGUCCGGCACACCUUCAUCCGCAAGGUCUACGCCAUCAUCUCGCUGCAGCUCCUGGUGACAGUGGGCAUCAUCGCCGUGUUCACCUUCGUCUCCCCCGUGCGCUCCUUCGUGCAGAGGAACGUCGCUGUCUACUACGCGUCCUACGCUGUGUUCCUGGUGACCUACCUGGUGCUGGCCUGCUGCCAGGGCCCCCGGAGACGCUUCCCCUGGAACAUCAUCCUGCUGAGCGUCUUUACGCUGGCCAUGGGCUUCAUGACGGGCACGAUUGCCAGCACCUACAGGACCAACGCCGUGCUCAUCGCUAUGCUCAUCACGGCCAUCGUUGCCAUCAUCGUCACUGUCUUCUGCUUCCAGACCAAGGUUGAUUUCACAUCGUGUCCCGGGCUCUUCUGCGUGCUGGGCAUCGUGGUCAUGGUCACGGGGAUCGUCACGGCCAUCGUCCUCUCCUUCAAAUAUGUCUCCUGGCUCCACAUGCUGUACGCGGCCAUCAGCGCCAUCGUCUUCACCCUGUUCUUGGCCUACGACACCCAGCUGGUGCUGGGCAACAGGAAGAACACGCUGAGCCCCGAGGAGUACGUGUACGGCGCGCUCACCAUCUACACCGACAUCAUGUACAUCUUCACCUCCAUCCUGCAGCUCGUGGGCCGCGACUAGCGCCGGCCUCGCUCGGGGCCCGCGCG